UUGCCAGGGAUUGUUUUUCCUCGGGACGUUCGCCACAAGGUUAAAACGCCAAACAAAUCUCAUGACACCUGUCCAAAAAGAUGCGGGAUUAUCAGGGUGGACCUGGAGCAAUAAUAUUGUCACCCAUUUGACUCAUCACCCGUUGUUUUCAUCUCGAAAAACAGAAGAACAGCUGCAGAUCUGUGAGAAAGCGUUUGUUAGUGGUCGAUUGUUGUGGUUGACGAUGCAUCGCUGAUGUUUUUAGAGAGGCUUGCCGCCUCUUCGGCUAACACAUAGAUGCAUGAGUCGUAUUUUUUGCCGAUCUGUUUUGUUAUUCGCAGCUGAUCGUUGAAUCAACACAACAGCGUUAGCUUGCCCGACAAAAUGAGCAGAAAACAUCAUCAUUUUAAAGGAGCAGAGGUCAGCUGCUGUGUGAAAUACUUUUUAUUCGCAUUCAACAUCAUAUUUUGGUUACUGGGAGCCGCAUUCCUGGGUAUUGGACUUUGGGCAUGGGCAGAGAAGGGAGUGCUGUCAAACAUUUCCUCCAUCACAGAUCUGGGUGGCUUCGAUCCUGUCUGGCUCUUCAUCGUGGUAGGGGGGGUAAUGUUCAUCCUCGGAUUUGCUGGCUGCAUCGGUGCGCUACGGGAGAACACGUUCCUGCUCAAAUUUUUUUCAGUGUUUUUGGGCCUAAUAUUUUUCCUGGAGCUCACAGCUGGCAUUUUAGCCUUUGUAUUUAAAGAUUGGAUCAAAGACCAACUGAACUUCUUCAUCAACAACAAUGUUAAAGCAUAUCGGGAUGACAUAGACCUCCAGAACCUCAUAGACUUUGCUCAAGAAUAUUGGUCGUGUUGUGGUGCUCACGGGCCGAACGACUGGAACCUGAACAUCUAUUUCAACUGCACUGACUUUAACCCCAGCCGCGAGAGGUGUGGCGUUCCCUUCUCCUGCUGCGUUAAAGACCCUGCUGAGGAUGUCCUGAAUACACAGUGUGGCUAUGAUGUUCGGCUUCAAGGGGAGUUGGAUCAGCAGAUGUACAUUUACACCAAGGGCUGUGUGGGACAGUUUGAAAAGUGGCUUCAGGACAAUCUGAUCAUUGUAGCUGGGAUUUUUGUCGGCAUUGCAUUAUUACAGAUUUUCGGGAUAUGUCUGGCUCAAAACUUGGUGAGUGACAUCAGAGCAGUCAAAGCCAAUUGGUGACUUUUUGCUGAGGCGGAGAGUUUACCAUCACCCCCUUGUGAGAUUAUAGCCGAGAGUUAAUUGCAAAAGAACACUGUUUACAUGCAGUUGAGCUGGGAAGUUCCGCCCUGUUUAAAUCUGUGGACGUUUGAUGUGAGCUGACUUUAUGAAAGGGACACUCCAUCUAUAAUUUGUUCUUUUUGUGGUGUCUUUCCUGAAAACAAGUUCUUAUGGUAGCUUCUCAGAAGCAGAGAUUGAGGUGACGCGCUCAGUUCAAUCUAUUCAUGAAAUCGCAGACGUCUCUUGAUGAAACUCAUCAUUAUAACAGCCACCAGACUCUCUUUCACCUUGGGGAAUAAUGUAGAGCGGGUGGUGUUUUUUUUUUUUUAACCUGUGGACAACUUGCUUAUGGAAAAUGACACAAAUCAACCACUGAGACUUUAAACAGAGGAGCCAUGAACUAAACAAAGCCUUACUGUGGUGCAUUUCUUUAUUCGCUCGGGUGGGUUCAGCUUUUACACAGCGUUCUGUCUGUCGGCCAGUCGAGUUGAUGGACAACCUGAAUCUUACCUCUGAUUUGCCAUCUGUUGCGCAGAGGCAGCCAAUCAGAAUCUACUUGAUAAUUACAUGUAAUGCAUUCAUUUAUGUGAGUUCUGCCACUACUGUUAGGGAUGUUUAGAAACAGGCUGUUAUUUCUCUGUAUAGCUUUUGUUUUUGUUUUUUUGUCUCUGUGUCUUAAAAGGACCAGUGUCCCUGACUCGCUUUAGAAUUUAGUUAUUUUCACUAGUCUGCUAGAGUGUAGUAAUAUGCUGUAGUGACACUAAAAAUUGAUUAUAAAUAUGAUGCUGCUUUAACUCAUAGAAAACAUACAUCACUAUACUAACCACCUGAACUUUCUAUAGACACCAUGAGAAGUGUACAUUUCCCUUCAGGGAACACACUUCAGAUCACGCACAAACACUUAGCUUUGUGAAAUAAAUAUGACGUGAAUGCACAUGAAAUCGACAGACUGUGCAUAUGAUCACAUGCCUUAUUGAGCCCUAUUGAGAUGAUAGAAGAAGCCUGUGGCAGUAACAGAGCACAUGGUCACCCAAAUGUCCUUUCAAACAGCUUUAUUUACUAUUCUCUCUCUCUUUCUUUCUCUCUCUCUCUACGCCAUAGGCAAGAGAGCUGCAUGCUAUCAGCUAUAACAAAUGCAUGGCAAUGCAGACCUCUUUGAACAUGUGCACACAUGUGCAUAUGUGUGUGGAUGUGUAUUCAUCACACUGCCACUACCAUACCAUUGAGUUUUGACUUAGCUGUGUUAUCUCCCUACAUUCAAAUGUUGUCUAUAUUGAGCCGUGACCUUAACACUAAUAAUGUACAAAAAAGAUAGCCGAUAUACGGCCGGUGUGCUAUAUGUUGAACAUGCUCGGGAGGUUUUCGCAGUGGAGUGUCAUGCAUGUCAGGCUGAUCUGAUUCAGGCCUGUUUAAUAAGAUCAGAUUAUUAUCUGUGUUAAGUGUCAAAGUGAAAAUUAAAAUGUGAUGUUUCUUUUCUGUGGUCUUGCUGGGAGAGGGGUUGCUGACUCCAUCUCCUAUGAAUUUUGCAGGCAAAUAUUUUUAUUGCAUAUAAAAGACAGAUUACAUGCUAUAAAUGAUGUUUAUCCCCCUUUGUUAUUCUUUGCCCCAAAUGGAUGAAUCUCACAAAAACAUUUUUCAUAUUCAUAUUAUUUUCUUAUAUCAAUCUAAAAAAUAAAAGAAAGGAGUAAAUAAUUAUAUUUUGAAGAUGAAUCCUAUUUUUAGGAUUAUUUUCAUGACAAGAAUUACAUCUCUGUCUCCCCAGUUCUCAUUACUGUUGAUGCAAAACAAAAUCAUUCUCAUUACCUAUCACAAAAUGCAAAUCAUUGUGAUUAGUGUAACACAAAAUGACCGUCAUUCUGAUUACCGUAAUGCUAAAUAAAAAUAAUUCUUGUGACUGAAAUGAAAAAUAAGUUAUUUUUACUACGGAAAGAUCUCAUUACCGUAAUACUAAUUACAAAUCACUCUCAUUACCUUUACGCAAAAUAAAUAUGGUUCUUAUUACCGUAAUGCUACAUAAAAAUCACUCUCAUUACUGUAACGUAAAAUAAAAUUAAUUCUCAUUAAAGUAACCAAAAGAAAACCAAACCAUUGUCAUUACCAUAAUGCAAAAUAAAAAUCACUUUCAUUACCGUAAUUCAAAAUCAUUCUUAUGACCAAAGGCAAAAUAAAUGAAUUAAUAUGACCGAAAUGCUAAAUAUAAGUCAUUCCCAUUAUGUAAUACAAAAUAAUAAAAAAAUUAUAAUAUUUCAUGUAUCAAAUAUAAUAUUUAUAUGUCAUGCUGGUAUUUGUUGUAUUAUUUUGUUGAUUUAAAUAAUUAUUCAACAUCAUUGUAUUGCACAUUUUACAGUAAUACAGUAGACAGUUACUGUGUAAAGUUAUGAGAAUCACCACUGAGAAAUAUCUAGAUGAAUUACGGGAAGAGUGCUCAUGAAAAUAAUGUAAAAAUACUAUAUAUAUAUAUAUAUAUAUAUUUUUUUUUUCUAUUGUCUUUAAUUGCAAAAUAUAUAUAUUUAAAUUUUGGGGUGAAGAUCUGAAUAUGUUUUUGUGAGAUUCACCCAAAUAUGGUAUUUAUGUUCUUCCCCGAGUCUCUCUCUCUCUCACGCUCCCUCAGUGUCUCUCUCUCUCUCACACUCCCUCAUUGUGUCUCUCUCUCUUUAUUUUUCAAUGGCCUUUUUCUGUCUCUAACUUUUAUUUAAAUGUUUUUUUAACAAAGACCCCAACAUUCCCUUUGGGGAGCUCAUGCAUAUCAUGAAUGUAUAGAUCACCUCUUAAUAAUGCUAUGUCAUAUAUAACUUAUGCUUUAAAGUGCAAUGCUCAAACUGACGUGAAUAAAGUUAAUGUUUGUCUGACUGUAGGCACACAACUGAAAAACAUUGCAAAUCUGUGUUUGUGAAGUGAAAUAGACAUUCCUUGUGCAUGCAUUGACUUCAUUGUAUGAAGUGCAUUUAAGCAUUUUUUUUGUGCUGGUUCAUCAUAAACAGCUUUUGAUGAGGGUGUUCAAACCAGUGAGCCUUUUCCACUGGAUUCUCUCUGUACCAGCUGUGAUAGUUUUUUACAUUACAAGGAUUUGAAAUGUUUGCAAAUAUGUAAGCACAGUUAUAUCAGAGGAGCUGACUUCACAUUAAAUGUGUGUCAACCAAUCAACAUUCAGAACUGUUGUACAAAACGUAAAGGUUAAUACUGCGAAAAUGAUGAACAUUGUGUGAUCGGUGAAUGCAUCCACAUUUUUUCUGAAUGAUUAAACAAGCUGUAGUCUUGAUCUCACUUGCCACUUUUAUGUGCUUUGAAAUAGGAUUUGCAAAAGCCUUUAAGAUGAUGUUUUUUGUUUGUUUACAUUCCCAUUCUAAUUAUCAAACUGUCUUAACAGAAAUCUUUGGAUUCUACCUCAUCAUGGAGAAAUUAAUAUUGUGGGAGUCAUAACUCCAUUGCAGCUGUUGUGAACAUUCUUUAGAAAACCUAAAACUUUAGUUUGUCACAAACCACAUAUAAACUACACAAAACUAGUUCUUCUCUUACAAUCUCGGCAGUUUAUUUAGCUAUACUCUGAAAGCUGAAAAACAAAACAUGGAAUGAAAAAUGCAAACGUGGAUUUGUUAUUUGAAUGGUGUAUGACACUUUCUAAGGUUUUAGUGUAUUUUAAUACGGAUUGUUUGUUAUAGCAGAUCCGUUACUAUUAUGGGCAGCACUUUUUUAGAACUCUUUUGCAAACAGGCCAUUACCAGUAAUCAGAUGUCCUGUCAAAUUCAGAGCUUUAACUGGUUUAUUGACUUGCCGUUCUUUUUCUAAAAACACAACAUUUGCAACCCAAAAUACCCUCUUGAACUGGAUAAUGAAUUUUGCACUUGCGGACCUAAAGCGUUUUCUCUGCUCUCCAUUUAUAUGAUUCUAUGAUUGUACUAACAUAAUAACACUCAUAAUUAAUAAGGUUUUUUCUCACUUUUUUUUUUUGAAAGUUAAGAUCAUGGAUUAAGAAUGUGUUUGGAAAUAUUUUAGCAAUGCCACUUGUUUUCUUUAGUUUUGUUUUGACGUUGUUGUAUUUUGUAACUCUUGUCCAAAGUUCCGUUUAACAUCAAUGAAUGGAUUUUCUUGUGGGAGAUGGUCUGUUACACUGUAGACUAUGUUACAAGAUAUGCUUUUUCAUAA